AUGCGCUCGCCGAUGCGCCUGGCUGCUCUCGCUACCAUUGCAGGACUUCUUUACACAUCUCCAUCAACCGCACAAACAUACUCGACCUGCAAUCCCACAUCACAAUCCGGCUGUCCAGCAGAUCCAGCACUGGGCACGUCAUUAACAAUCAAGUUCACCGACGGAGCCUCUGACCAGUUCACCGCGCAAGGGAAUCCCACCUACGACUCGGCAGGAGCAGGGUUUACAGUGGCAGGCUCUGGUGAAGCGCCGACAUUGACGUCGAAAUGGUACAUUAUGUUCGGAAAGCUCUCAGUCACCCUCAAGGCAGCACCAGGCACGGGCAUAGUCAGCUCCGUGGUGCUGCAAUCGGACGACUUGGACGAGAUCGAUUGGGAAUGGCUAGGAGGAAAAGGCGAUCAAGUCCAGAGCAAUUACUUUGGCAAAGGCCAAACAACGACAUACGAUCGCGCGGCGGUGCACACCGUCGAAAACACCCAAGGCGAAUUCCACACGUACGACAUUGAGUGGACCGAAAACCAAAUCGUCUGGUCAAUCGAUGGCGACGUCAAACGAGUGUUGAACGCUGGUGAAGCCAAUGGGCAAUUCCCGCAGACCCCGAUGCAACUCAAACUCGGCUCGUGGGCCGGUGGCGAUCCUGCAAAUUCGCAAGGCACUAUCGACUGGGCUGGUGGUGCUGUCAACUACGCCGCCGGUCCUUUCACCAUGUAUGUCAGCUCCGUAUCUGUCGUCGACUACUCCACGGGCAAGUCGUACAGCUAUGGCGACCAGAGCGGCAGUUGGGAGAGCAUCGAGUCGGAUGGAGGCAAAGUCAAUGGCAAUUCUGGAGGCAGCGUCACUGUUGCAUCAGCGCCAGCCAUCACUUCGACCUCGAGCGGAAAUGAAGCGUGGGACGGCACCCACAGGACCAACACAGCAACCGUUUCGUACACCUCUCUGUACGGCCUGCCCUCAGGGUGGACCGUCAGUGGCUCCGGAAAGGUUGUCCCUCCGUCGGCGGCCCCAGUGAGUAAGAUCCUCCCAGUGUGA